ACUGCGUCAAUGAGACACAAACCUGGUUAUUUGAAUUGGUUGUAUCGUGGUUUUGUUAUCUAAUUUUCCGGUGAAUUAAUGUAUUGGAAAUUUUACCUUACUGUACUUUAUUCUUCUCGUAGCGUAGAAUGUGUGUGGUGAAUGUUGUGUUCUUGGAUUAUCUUGUGAGAGUACGAGUGAUCAGAGAGAAUGUUUAACAGCAAGCUCCUUUCAUUUUUGGAAUCUAUGCAGGGAUACAAUAUCUUUACGACAAAUUGUAAACUUCUGCUAGCGUAUGUGCUGAAAGAAGUGUUGCACGAAGUCGACAAAUUUUAAGUGGCGUUUCCAGUGCCGCAGGUGCAAAACAAUCUUAUGUGUUACACGCUGUGCAAGCGAAACGGUUGAGAGAAAGAUAGAGAGAGAGAGAGAGAGAGAAAGAAAAAAGGAGCGGAGGAGAACGCCGGGAGAGGAACUCCUUUAGCCAGCUGGAAGAAACGGUCGAAAUGAGAAGGUGUGGCUUCGUCGUGUGGUUGGUCCUCGCCUGCCUCACCAGCGACGCAUUGCAACAGUACAGGGAAAAGAACAUCAAUGAAAAAAUCACUGAUGUACGUCUCACAAGUAUGCUGCUCGAGUAAAUGCUUCUGAGAUAUCUGCCAUGAGAUCCAUCGGAAUACUCUAGCUGGAAAGCUUAUCGGCUUCUCCAUUUCAGAACUAAAUAAUCUUUUCUUUGUAAUGAAUCGAAGGCGAUAAACAAUGGAUAGAAGACGAUAAACAAUGGAUCGAAGGCGAUAAACAAUGAAUUUCCCGCUUGUCGCUCUAUUUACGUUCUGCGUACCGGCGGUCGGAUUUGGGGCCCGCAGGAAACUUAGCCGAAUCACGCUGGGCGACGAACGUGUUAAUACAAAAGUGAGUUAAGGGGCGAGGAGAGGAUCCUGAGUGUCCUAUGUGAUGGGAAAAGUUUGGUGUUGGACCAUGUGCAAAGGCGGCGCGGAGACAGACGCGGUACAGGCGAUCUUGGCCAGAUAUCUUCAGAGGCGUCUUCAGGGGUCGCAGCUGUCGACGCCGCCGCCGCCAGCUGUCCUCUUCAGUAGCAAUAACCAGGCCAGAAUGAGGCAUGCUCAAAGGACUACCAGCAAUGCGUUGCCGAGGAAUGUCAGCGAGAAAGAGAGGAGGGAACGCGUGGAGGAUUACGAGGAUUACGAGGACGACCUUGAGGGUUUCGAGGACAGUGAGAGGAGCAGGACCAGAUUCGAUCUCUUCGCCGACGACUGCCCAAACUGCGUGGAUGAGCACAGCAGCAACCUGGCCGCAUCAAGAUGGACGAUGCCGCUGUUGAAGCUCGGCGAGAAAAGAUACUACCUGGGGAUCUUCUUCAAGGCCAACUGGUACAGGGCGUCUCAGUAUUGUCGAUAUCACGGAAUGCAUCUGGCGAGUAUAGCGUCGCAGGAGGAAAACGACAGGCUGGAGAAACAUAUUAAGGACUUCGGCCUUGGACACGAGCAUUUUUGGACCUCUGGUACCGAUCAGGCUGAGGAAGGCACUUUCUUCUGGAUGGCGAACGGCAGGCCAAUCACGUUCGAAAAUUGGAACGUCGGCGAACCGAAUAAUUUCAGAUACGAGAACGGCGAGGAGGAGCACUGCCUGGAGCUGUGGAACAGGGAUGGUAAAGGGCUGAAGUGGAACGACAGCCCGUGCAGCUUCGAGACGUUCUUCGUGUGCGAGGUGCAGUGAUCGAUCGAUCCGCCAGCAGGAUUGACGAAAAACAGGAUCUGAAAGUCAUCGAUACACGGGAUUCGAUUCACGAUACAUCGACUUACCUAUCGAGUCAUCCUGCCAGCUAUUGCCUCGUCGACUUCGUUUUUCCUCCGGGACCUCGAAACAAAAUAGAAAAAGUGACUUUUUCUGUGUGUGCGCGUGCAUGUGUGUGUCUGUGUGUAAGUGCGUGUAUUCCACGUAGACGAGCGUUUUAAACGCGUCUUGCGGAUCGACGGAUCGCGGGCAAAUGGAUGCUGAACGUAAAGAAACAGAUGGCGAACACGAUGAUUAGGAUACAGAGAUGUUUCUGUGAAGCAAAUUUUCGUGAAAUGGCCUGAAACCUAUGCUUGGAUUUUUAUCUGAAAAUCGCUGUUUCGUUACAGCAAAUACACGUUAUUUCUGCUACUGUGAAGACCACUAGUUCUACUUGUUCGUAGAAUAUUUUUAUAGUAAGUAGAAACGAUGAGAAUUUUCUUUGCUGGUGGAUAAGAACUGACGAAAGAAUCGUUUAAAAUGAUUAUUUUAGUGGCCUAUUAACGUUCACGUUGUAUGAUACUAUUUGCUUAUUAAAUUUUGCAAUUACGAAGUAAGGACUCGUAAGUUUUAACGUGGAUGUUAGCGAUAAUAUAUUAGUCGUUUGUCGUUAACGCAAAGAAGCCUGUGUUUGGAUAAUGGAUUCUAUUUCUGAAAGAUGGAUAAGCUGGAGCUUGUGUGCUACUUUUUCUUCGAUGAUAGAAACGUAGAAUUAUAGUUGCGUCGUUGACGAAAGCUCCAACAAAAAUGCGACCGUUGUUGGUAACCAGGCGGAAAGUCAGGGAAUUUUCAAAUUUUGCCAAUCGAUGGAAUCACGGUUGUUCGAUACGAAAACCAUUUCCAAUUCCAUAGAUUUGCAAAAUUUCUGGCUUCUAAUCGUAAGAUAUUUCCUCUUUUUCUUCCGAUUUCAUUACCAAAAGCUUGUUGCUAACGUUAAAAAUGUCGAGAGGGGAAAUCAAAAGACUUUAAAGUGGGCGUGUCGAUUAACGACGAUUUAACAGAAUAAUGUAAGCUUCUAUUUUCUAAUUAAUAUCUGAAUUAAAUAACGAAAGAAAUAAAGAAAUAAAUUCUACAUCGAUGGUCGAAAA